CUGAUGUGAAUCCAUCUGAGGAUGUUGGAGUGAGUGAUAAAAAUGUUAAGGAUGUUGAGAAGCCGAAGGGCGAUGAGUCUCGAUUGAAGGGGGACGAUUUCUUUGAUGGUUUGAGCCAGCUUGAAAUAGAUGAUGAUCAAGUUGUGUUGGCUGGCUUGGAGGCUGUUGCUAAAAUCCAUGUAAGUUUACUUUUAAUUGUUUUCAAAAAAACUAGGUUUCUUUUUGGUUGCUCAUUAGUUUCUAGUAUGUUUUGCAACUGUUUUAAUGCAUUCUUUAUUUUUUAGGUCCCCGCACCCAAUCCAGAUGUUGUUGGUGAAAAGUCAGAUGCCCUUCAUACUGAUGAAGAAACUGAGGAUACUGUCUCUGAUACACCUCUGUUGGAUAAGAGGAAGCGUGCUCCGGCCUUGAAAUGUCCAUUUGUUGAUUUCGGGUCUGCUGAUGUCGGGAGCACUCCAAUGGAGCUUAUGUCCUCAGGUUCUCAAUCAGCUAGGGAUGAUAGGGAUUUCAAAAUGGUGACUUAUGUGAAGGGCCUUUAUGCUCUUAAUGAUGCUUUUGCUGAUCCCGUAUCUACCGAGAUUGAGGCAAAAUUUGACGCUUGGAUUGGUGAAGGAUUGCUUAAACAUCCUAGGCAUUAUAAUUGUUAUGAAGACGGCGCAAAGAAAUUUACCCCGGGUUUUAGGCUAGGUGUUGAUUAUGUUGAGGAUAAAACUUGGUUUUACCAUUUGGCCACAUGCGACAUGUUUAUGAACGACUCGGUAAAGUUUCCAAUAUAUAUUGUACUUAUGGUAGUUUGUUUUCAGUUGCUUUAUAAAUGUUUUUUAGUUUUGAUACUGCAUUUCAGUUUUAUUACAGUUGUUCAACCUUUUCAUUUGUGUUUCUGUGUUGUUUUUUUUCUCAGCAUAUGAACCCCAUAUUCUAUUACCUUCGAAAAAAAGGUAAGUAUUCUUCCGCUGUGACGUUGAAUUUCGCAACUACUGAUUGUCUUUUUGAUGAUUCCAUCCAAGCAUUGUACCUCAAAUUUAACAAGGCCAAGUCAAUGAAGACUAAGAUGUCACACAUUCACGCUGCCCACCCAAUUGCGCAUUACAUCCGAGGUAUGCGCAUUCCCUGUUCCAAGCCUUGGUAUGAAGCCGAUCAUGUGCUUUUCAUCAUCAAUUUAAGAAGGGAAAGUCAUUGGGUUUUUGGGCGUCUUGACUUGAACGAAGGGACAUUGUUUCUGUACAAUUCUUUGAGGACCGCGAAGAUGAAUGCCGCAGCUAGGAAUGCAAUGAAGGCUUAUUCCGUGAUGCUGCCUUUGUUUUUCGAUUUACUUGGGUUCUGGAAGAAUAGAGCACAAGCUCCUGCCUCAGUUUCUGACCCUACAGCUCCAUUCAGAAUCGUGGAGCUUAGUGGUCUUGCGUCUCAGCAGAAGAAUGAUUGCGGGGCAUAUGUUGCUGCCUUUGCUGAAUUCUUUAUCCACGGAAAGGAUGUCCCUGCAUACUUUGACAUCGAAGUUUAUCGUACCCGACUUGCUUCACUUUUCUUCUCGUACGGACAAAGGAAAAUUGACGAAAGUAUUGACAGCGAGGAUGAGAAGCAAACCAAGUCUUCUAAGGCAUCUAAAUUGAAGAAAUAGGAUCUUUUAAUUUGGUGGCUCUUUUCUGUUAUUUGUUGAAUCUAUUUCCAGACAAUUUUUAGUGUUGUUGUUUUAAUGUAGGUAUUAUAUUUGAUUUUAUACUAUGUACCUGGUUUAAAACUUUUAGGAUAUUUGACAUUUACUCCUUAUAAUAUCUUUAUUGUAUAGGUUUGUAUUUCCCAAA